AUGAAGGGCUCCAGUAUCAAUAGAUCUCAAGUACCGUUACUGUCGCCCAUCGAAUACGACAGCAUCGAAGAUGACCAUCCACAUAAUGUGACUUCGGGUUGUGAGGACUUUAAUCCCCUCGAUGAGAAGAGUUCUGAACAGCUACAAGACGUGUUAGAUUCGUCAAAAAUUUUUAUCCCAUUAAGCACUCCACGUUGCAGUAUCGGUUCUUCUGCAUCUACAGACCACCUUGGUUUUGAAAGUCAAUUACUGGAAGUGGCGAUUCGUACAAACGAUGUUUCAAAAGUUAAACACUUCUUAAUGAUACAUCGAGAUAAAUUUCAGGUGUGUAUGUUUGUAUGGUUAGAAUAA